AUGCUUCCCUCAAGUGUCAUACUCGAGGCUUCCCUCAAGUGUCACCCUCGAGGCUUCCCUCAAGUGUCACCCUCGAGGCUUCCCUCAAGUGUCACCCUCGAGGCUUCCCUCAAGUGUCAUACUCGAGGCUUCCCUCAAGUGUCACCCUCGAGGCUUCCCUCAAGUGUCACCCUCGAGGCUUCCCUCAAGUGUCACCCUCGAUGCUUCCCUCAAGUGUCACCCUCGAGGCUUCCCUCAAGUGUCACCCUCGAGGCUUCCCUCAAGUGUCACCCUCGAGGCUUCCCUCAAGUGUCACCCUCGAGGCUUCCCUCAAGUGUCACACUCGAGGCUUCCCUCAAGUGUCAUACACGAGGCUUCCCACAAGUGUCACCCUCGAGGCUUCCUUCAAGUGUCACCCUCGAGGCUUCCUUCAAGUGUCACUCUCGAGGCUUCCCUCAAGUGUCACACUCGAGGCUUCCUUCAAGUGUCACUCUCGAGGCUUCCCUCAAGUGUCACCCUCGAGGCUUCCCACAAGUGUCACCCUCGAGGCUUCCUUCAAGUGUCACCCUCGAGGCUUCCUUCAAGUGUCACUCUCGAGGCUUCCCUCAAGUGUCACCCUCGAGGCUUCCCUCAAGUGUCACCCUCGAGGCUUCCCUCAAGUGUCACCCUCGAGGCUUCCCUCAAGUGUCAUACUCGAGGCUUCCCUCAAGUGUCACCCUCGAGGCUUCCCUCAAGUGUCACCCUCGAGGCUUCCCUCAAGUGUCAUCCUCGAGGCUUCCCUCCACAAGUUAG